GUGCGAGAUUCGAAAUUCCGCCACGUUUUCGGCGACGCCCAGAAGACGAAGUAUGAGGACCUCCGCUUAGCCACGAAAGCCACCGAGUCCACGGGGCUCCGCGGGAACUCGAAGUUCGUCACCUUUGCCUGGGAGUCGGGGGGCGGUGGCACCCUGUGCGUCAUCCCCGCAGCCAAGUACGGCCGCUGCCCACGGGACAUACCGCUGAUCACGGGGCACACAGGGCCGAUCCUGGAUUUCGAGUUCAACCCCUUCGACGACAACCAGCUGAUCACGGCGAGCGAGGACCUCACGAUGAAGCUGUGGCAGAUCCCCGACGAGGGGCUGAAGGCACACAUGAAGGACCCACUGCUCACUCUCGAGGGUCACGGCAAGAAGAUCUCGUUUGCGACCUUCAACCCCGUCGCAAGCCACAUCGUGGCUUCUACGUCUUUCGACAUGACGACCCGGGUCUGGAACCUCGCAGAGGAGGCGGAGGCUAUCAGGCUGGACGUGCCGGACCAGUUGUGGUCGCUGCAGUGGAGUCACACGGGCUCUUUGCUGGCAGCCACCUGCAAGGACAAGACAUUGAAGAUCAUCGACCCGCGGGCAAAGGCGAUAGCAUCGGAGGUCCCGAUCCACGACGGCACUAAGGCGUCGAAGGUCUGCUGGCUCCCGUGCACGGGCGCCGACGACCUCAACCGGUUGGUGACCACAGGAUUUUCCAAGCAGGCCGAGCGACAGAUGGCCGUCUGGGACAUGAGAAAGUUUGGCGGAGACGGGGGCGACGCCAGGCUGCAGGAGCUGGAGUUGGACAACGGCACGGGGGCUCUGUUCCCGUUCUUCGACGAGUGCACGCAGAUGCUCUACGUCGCCGGCAAGGGCGACGCCAACGUCCGCUUCUUCGAGGCGACGACCAGUGAAUUGCACUACCUCUCGCAGUACAGCUCGACAACUCCGCAGAAGGGCUUCGACUUCCUUCCCAAGCGGUGCGUGAACGUGGACGUCCACGAGGUCGCCCGCUACCUGAAGCUCGAGAGCAAUGCCAUCCUGCCUGUCUCGUUCAAGGUGCCGCGGAAGAGCGAGGCGUUCCAGGAGGACCUCUUCCCUGACUGUCCUGCCGGCGUGCCGUCCAUGUCCCCAGACGAUUGGGUGUCGUCGACGGACUCGAAGCCGCCAGUCCUUCGCUCCAUGAGGCCAGGCGCAGAGACGUCAGCCGGACCGGCGAAGGCAGCUGUUGCUGUGGUCUCCGUCAAGGACUUGAAAAAGCAGCUUGCCGAGGCUCAGGCCAAGAUCAAGGAGCUGGAGAAGGAAAACGAGCAGCUGAAAGCCAAGCUUGCGGAGGUCGGGAGCUGA